CUAAACAUAACAAAUAACAAGCAAGUAGUGUCCAUUUCCUAGGAUCACAAGUUCAUAAAAUGUCGAAAUACUAAACAAUAGUCAAUAAACACAUAACAAAAAAGUUAAUUAUUCAUCAUCCAUGUAGGUCCUUCAAGUCAUGACUUCAUCUCAUCAUCCUCAAAAGUUAUCUCCUCUCCGUCAUCCUCUUCAUACUCGAAUUCUUCAUUAUGGAGCUCUUCCACAAAAUUUACACCGUACUCUCUCCUUGAUUUGGGACCCAUCAAUCUUCCAUAUUCCAAUCCUAUAUCACCAGACUUCCUCUUCAAAAUGUUGGCAUUCUCUUCAUUUGUUUAUAAUUGACAAAUGUAUCAUAAUUCAUAAUUCAUAAACAAUUAACAAAGGCCUACUCAAAGAAAAGGACAAGCAAGAGCUUAACACGUAUCAUAAUUUAUUACAAUUAACAAUAGCCUACUCAAAGAAAAGGAUAAGCAAUAGUCAUAAUUUAUUAAUUCAUAAACAAUUAAACAUGAUUGAUUGGUGGUGGAGUUAUACCGAUCAGUAAUGCCAACCACAACAACCAGCAUUUUCCAGAAGUUAGGACAUCUAUGUGGGAGAAAGGAAGAAGCAGCAAGGUCUCUGUUUAAUUUAUUACUCAAAGCCGAAAGUCCUAAACAAAACAAAACAUCUCUGGAUGCCUCCGACUGGAUGCCUCCGACUCCUAUAUAAGGAGGCCAGACCCUCCAAGCAAAAGGACUUCUCUCCCUUCCCUCACUUUACAACUUAUGGUUCUCUCUCUAAACCCUAUCUCUUUCUACAUUCUCUACACUCUAUCAUAUAUCCUAUUCUAACUUGACCAUCAAAGUGUAGAUCACGGGGGCCGCCCCCGACUCUCCACAUGAUUCUUCCACUCCCGAGGAGAUCAGACGAGGGAGUCCAAAUCAAGGUUCCACACUAAUCUCCCGGCACUAAUCCGGAUCAAACAUUUUGGGCCAUGAUUUCGGUAUUCUUUCUGAAAGUGGGGAAAAUCAGUUCUUCCUUUGCUAGUCGCCACCACUUCAAGGAAGAAGAGCUAUAGGAAGAAAAGCUGUAUUCGUCUCCGCCAGCGCAGCUCUAGUCUUCACCGGUCGCCUCCCAACCACUCACCUCCGUUGGAAAAACUCGCCACGGGAGGUCACGGAACAAACAAAAACCAGCGGUCUCCUCCACCUCGAAACCUUCAAAGUCAGAUCUGCAUCUCUCCAAGUCAUUAGCCACCUAAGAACAAAAAUAGAAAUUUCCAAAUUCCGGCCACCGGAGUUGCUAGCCUCGUCGGAGCUCCGGCGGGGAAAAGGAAAAGUACUAUCGCUGCUGUCAACAUCAUUUUUGUCUCUCCCAAACGUCCCUGUCCCUCUGGAAAAGCAGCUCUGCUACAGUAGCAGGAUCUGCAAAAACAAACAAAAGCAUGUUGUGUCAGCCACUCUUUCUCUUUUCCCAAGGAAAGCCAACCUGGUUUCUCUACCACGUCACUCCGACACUCCCUCCAAUCACGUGGAAUGCUUCUCCCAUCAGCCUACAACAGCCAGCCCGCUCAGCAAGCCUGGCGCGGCCCAUUAGUCGCGCCCCACAUCCACAUUUCGCCUCCAAGCCCGGUCAAGUCUCGGCCCAUCUCCAUUUUGAGCUCAAUUCGGCCAGCUCCACCUCCUUUCAGCAACACAAAGGAAGCAAAAACAAUCCUGGCAAGAUUCGAACCAGGAUCAGGAAGCAGCAGCACGCUGCAUCCACCAACAGACUAUAAGGGGUUUUAUGUUAAGGUGACCAUCCGCCAUUUAUUUAUUAAAUUAACCGCUUCAACCGGUGGGUCAUUCUUCACCACCCACCGUAAGCGAGCCCGCCUCCAAGUUUCUCAACACUCGCUCGUCUCCAAACAUGACCUGAUGGAGCCCGCUUUGUAUCAAAUAACAAAUACAAGACCGCCUUUCAUCCAGCCCGCCUUCCGAAAGGCGCCCCAACCCGCGCCGCUUGGGCACUUCCAUCGAAUUCGGCCCGCUUCGCAUUUUGAGCCUGUCAAUAUCGAUCCGCCUCCGACGGCCCAACAAAAUUCAACCGGCCUCAGCGCAACGAAGAUCCGCGCCUUUCGCAUCCGAAGCCCGCCUCCGACUUUAAACCAGGCCCUGUGCAGCGACCCAUCUCUGAUGCACAACUCACCUUCAACGCGGACCGCCUUGACGGACUGAAGCCCACUUCUCCAGCUUUCAUGGCACAAGCGUCAGAGGCCCACACCUCCAAUUCUCACAACAUCCAGCUGGCCCGCUUUGCACUUUGAGCCCAUCAAUGGGGCUGCGGUCUUCCAUCAUCGACUGAGGAACACCUAAAUUAAGCCCGCCUUCCGUCUAAUGAGCCCGCAUCCGGCCCAUUUCGCAGUUAACACCAAUGCCAGAACCAAUUGCACUUUGAGCCCAUCAAUGGGGCGUCCGCGUUCGAAGAUCGCAACCCAGCAUCGGCUGAGGAACGCCUCAAUUAAGCCCGCCUUCCGUCUAAUGAGCCCGCAUCCAGCCCAUUUCGCAGUUAACACCAAUGCCAGAACCAAUUACGCGCGGGUCCACCUCCAAACCGUCUAGCAAAGCCCAACUUCAUCAGAUGGCCCAACUAGAGGAAAUUCUGCCUCAACCAUGAAUGCAUCCAAUGGGAUUCGAACCGCGACCCAUCCUCAGCAAGUCAAAGCGCACACCACUGCACUACAAGACUUCUAUGUAGAGGUGGCAAUUAGGAUCCAAAUCCAUGAAUCCAAUCCAAUCCAUCCACCAAAUUAUCCACCUAAUCCAAUCCAUUUGAUCCAAAUCCAAUUGGAUUGGUGGAUUCAUGGAUCAAUCCAUGGAUCCAAAUGGCAAAUUACGAUUUGGUAGCUAUAUUUUUUAUAUUUUACAUUUUGGUACCUAAAAUUUAUAUUUUUAUACGAAAAUUACAUUGGAAAAUUACAUUUCGCUAACUAAAAUUUUACAUUAUGA